AUGGCUCCCCCAACAGCGACCGAGACCGUCACCAACACUGUCACCAUGCAGGCACCACAGUCCUCCCAGGCAGCGGGUGCCGAAAGGACAAACAUCAAGAUGCAACUACCCAGUGUGCCCGUUUUCGAAGAUAAAGUAGAAGAACGAGAAUACCUCAAAGGCCGCCUCGCAGCGGCUUUCAGAAUCUUCGGCGAUAAGGGUUACGAUGAGGGUGUUGCUGGACACAUUACCGUGCGCGAUCCAGUGGAUCCCUCGACAUUCUGGGUGAAUCCAUUCGGCACCGCGUUCAAAUUAAUGAAAGCAUCGGACUUGAUCCAGGUCGAUCAUGCCGGAAAGGUCAUUGCAGGUGGUCCGAACAGGAUGCUCAACGCCGCGGCCUUCAUGAUCCACUCCGCUAUUCAUUCGGCACGACCGGAUGUCAACUGCGCAGCACACAGCCACAGUCUGUACGGACGCGCAUUCUGCUCGCUGGGCCGACCGCUCGAUAUCAUCUCUCAGGACUCUUGUGCUUUCCACAAUGACCUUGCACUCUAUGAUUCAUUCAAGGGUGUCGUGCUGGCUGAGGAAGAAGGACAUAAUAUCGCCAAGGCGCUGGGGAAUAAGAAAGCGGCGCUUCUGCAGAAUCAUGGAUUAUUGACUGUCGGAGGAACGAUUGAGGAGACGGUAUUCUGGUUCGUGAGUCUGGAGAAGUGCUGCCAUGCGCAACUCAUGGCGGAUGCCGCUGCUGCUGGGCGUGGUGGAGAGACCGUCAAGAUUGACGAGGUGGAUGCCGCCUUCACGUACAAGACGGUCGGCACUCCGAAGGCCGGUUGGUUUAGCGCGAAGCCUUUGUUUGAUGUUAUUCACGCGGAAACUAAGGGUGAAUACUUGGAAUGA